AUGGUUGUCUUCCAAUCUGAGGAUGAAGAGUCGCAGAGCGAAGAUGACUCCUGGUUCGACCAGCUCAUCACUUCCGGGCUAUCCAAACUUUCAGAAGAAUGUGCUUCGUUGGAGGAUCCGGCUCCUGAUACUCAGCCUUUGCUGCACGAGUUCAGCCAUUGGGAAGACUCACAGGUGGAAUGCUCUCUUUUGGAUCUUUUUGAGCCAAACAAGUCAGAAGCAACCAGCCGUCCAGUUGCUCGCCCCCUUCAAGGUGAUGUGCACAUGCAGGAGGGCCCACUGGAUCCACCGCCAGAUGUCCUCUUGGUGGAGGACUCCCCUGUUUCCACAAAGAUUGAGGCCAAGAGUGGAGCAACUGCUGCACAGCCUAUGGGUGAUACACUGGCUGGGAAGCGAGCCCAUGUCGAAUUCUUGAAGAAGAAGCUUUUGGAGCUGGAGUCAGCUAUCAACAAAAGCGAGUCUGGCGCUCAGCAUGUCCAGAUCCUGGAGGUGGAAGUGAAGAACGAGGUGAAGGAAAUGAAGGCUGCCGCUGAAUCUCCUGCCGAGUCCUCAAGCAAGCAGCCUUGGGUGGUGAUGGAAUCUCUACCCUACGGCGGUGACAAUGACGGUACUUUGCCAAUGGACUUGGGAGGAGGUCUUCCGGCUCCUGUGGGCCUUUUGCUUCAAAAGGCACAUCAACAGCAAGAGCCAAACAAGCCUCCUACAUCUUCGAGUUUGGCGGAUGGAAAGAAGCCUGAGACCCAUGAGGCUUCUAAUGCAGCAUCUUUGCCAGAGCAUCCACAGGAUCCAAAGAAGAAGACUCUUGAGGGUGAGUCCAUGGAAGUGGAAGAUCCGAAAGAAGCAAAGGGGACGCCUGCUACUCCUCCACGCCGCCGCUUGAGACGGCUGCCAAGUUCGCCUGCCCCUGAGGCCCCUGAGGCUCCUGAGGGUAAGCUUGAAGAGAAGAUUGCAUCCCCACCAGUGAAGCAGCCAAAAAAGCGGAGCAAGAAGAACACUCCCAAGAAGAAGCCCAAGCAGCCUGAGCCCGAGGCCAAUGCUGAGGCCGCAAGCUCUGCGCCCAUGCAAAGCGUGGAGGAAACCAAGCCAGCAGGCAAGGCCAAGGCUCGCAAGCGAGCAACCAAGGCCGACCCCAAGGAGCCCGAAGGUGCUGAUCCUGCUUUGCCACCAGCUGAUGCUAAUGGUAGUUCGGAAUUGAACAAUUCCAAAGAGGCUGAGGCUGAGACAACUGGAAAAAAGAAACCUCCUGGAGAAUCCUUGCGCAGGUUUGCAAUGGACCACCUGAUUGAGACCCGCCGGGAUGAUGCUGCAUGGCAUCAUGCUCUAAAGCUGUUUAGAGCGAAAGAUGUCUCCCAGAAAUCAUUUAUGGAGAAGUAUGACUACUGGAGCUUGAGCAUGUAUUGGAAGACAUGCCGAGUGGGUCUUCUCCAGAAGGUGCCGAAGCUUGAGAAGCCAGUUCAUGUUCUCAGCUUUGGUGGAGGCCAUUGCCAAACGAUUGGCAUGCCGCUGGAAGCUGUUCGGCUCUUCGUGGGGGUCUGA